AUGGUGGGCAGGGGCAAGACGGCGUCCUCGUCCUCGACGGCAAGCCGUCGUCGACACCUGCUACUCCCGUUGAUCAGCUUCGCAGUACACCUCGUCAGCCAUGGGGGCCUGCACGCGAGCUCUCUCCCCUUCGACUUCGACUUCUCCAACACCUCUACGUUCAGCCUCGCCGACUUCGAAACCGCCGGCAUCGCGGCGUUCCACGGCGGGCGGUUCGACCUCACGGCCAACGCGUACAACGCCAGCCUCUUCGACAACGUUGGCCGGGUGUCCUACGCGCACCCCGUGCCACUCCGCGACGACGCCACGGGCGAGGUGGCCAGCUUCACCACCUCCUUCGCCUUCGUAAUCAACAUCACCGACAAGAACAACAAGGGAGACGGCAUGGCCUUCUUCCUCGCCCACUUCCCCUCCACGCUCCCGCCACUCUCGUACGGCGGCUCUCUCGGCCUCUGCAGCAGCUGUCUCAACGCGAGCGCCGUCGCCGGGAACGACCGGUUCGUCGCCGUCGAGUUCGACACGUUCAACGACUCCUUUGACCCCAGCCUUACCUACGACCACAUGGGCAUCGACGUGAGCUCGCUCAGGUCCGUGGCGAACAUCACGUUGCCAAGCUUCAGCCUGAACGGGCAGAUGAGCGCUCGCGUCGACUACAACAGCAGCACCACCGUGAUGAACGUCGAGCUGCGAUUCGACCGCAGCCCAAAGUUCUCCACCGCGACGCCCAUCUUCAACAUGAGCGCCAAGGUGAACCUCACCGCGGUGUUGCCGGAGCCGGUAGCGAUCGGUUUCUCGGCAGCCACUGGUAGAUCCAUUGAGUUGCAUCAGUUGCUCUCUUGGUCUUUCAGCUUGGCAGACCCAAACUCCCGGAGCUCUCGCACAGGUAAAAGUUCAUCCAAGAGCAACGUCGGGCUAAUAGUGGCCUUGGUGAUUACCAGCUCGCUGUCUCUCAUCCUUUGUGUAGCCGUUCUUGCUCUGGUCUCCGCGCUGCGGAAGAAAACUUUGGCUUUAGCCGAGAAAGAAGACGAAUCACAAGUCCAGAGCAUGCUCAUGGACGAAGAGUUCCAGAAGGGUUCGGGGCCCAAGAGAUUCGAGUUCAGACAGCUCGCCGCGGCAACUAGAGGCUUCUCCGAGGAGGAGAAGCUCGGAGAAGGCGGCUUCGGGGCAGUCUACAGAGGGUUUCUGAAGGAGCUUGACGCCCAUGUCGCCAUCAAGAGAGUUUCCAGGGCGUCGGAGCAAGGCAGGAAGGAGUACAGCUCCGAGGUCAAGAUCAUCAGCAAGCUGAGGCACCGAAACCUUGUGCGGCUCAUCGGAUGGUGCCACGAGGGCAGGGAGCUCAUGCUUGUGUAUGAGCUGAUGCCCAAUGGCAGCCUCGAUGCCCACCUGUACAACUCUGUCAUUCUCCUGACAUGGCCUGUGAGAUUCAAGAUCGUGCAGGGGUUGGGGUCAGCUCUGCUGUACCUGCAAGAGGAGUGGGAGCAGUGCGUGCUGCACAGAGACGUGAAGCCGAGCAACAUCAUGCUGGACGCGUCGUUCGGUGCCAAGCUCGGCGACUUCGGCCUCGCGAGGCUCGUCGACCACGGCAGGGGAUCGCAUACCACCAACCUCGCCGGCACCGUGGGGUACCUGGACCCGGAGUGCCUCGCCACCGGCCGCGCCGGCCCGGAGUCGGACGUGUACAGCUUCGGCGUCGUGCUCCUCGAGAUCGCCUGCGGCCGACCGCCCGUAGCGCCGGCGUUGCCGGACCAGCACGGCAGAGGCACCGGCACGGUGGCGCGCCUCCUCGUGGAGUCGGUGUGGGGCAUGUACGGCCGGGGAGCCGUCCUCGAGGCUGCCGACGAGCGGCUAGGAGGCGACUUCGACAGCGGCGAGGUGGAGCGCGUGAUGGUCGUUGGGCUCGCGUGUGCCCACCCGAACUGCCGCAUGCGGCCGUCGAUGAGGCAGGCGGUGAGCAUGCUGCAGGGCGAGGCGCCGUUGCCCACCCUGCCGGCGAGGAUGCCGACACCCAAGUAUCUGUGACAUUAUUGCUUGUGUCUCACGUACCACCAUUUGGCCCAUAUAUACGAGUGUAGUUAUCUGAUAGACGACGGCAUAGAUAGCCCAUAAGGGGCGAUGGACCGGCCCAUGGCAUAGCCAUUUGGCUUGAUCCCAGCACAGUACGACACGACUACCGUCGGAUCCGUAUGGCCUGGCCUGACAGUUGGGAUAUCUAUGGACCGAUGUCUUGGCACGAUGGACCGACGUGGCAUGGCACGUUCCAAUAAGUGGAAAAGAAAAAUAGUUGAGGGAUCUAAAAUAGACAUAAUUUAGUUGUACUCCAUCCA